UACGUUACGUUGCGCCAAUGUCGUUAAUAUAUUUGAUGAUAUAAGCUAACACAUCUAAAUUUACUUAUGCUGACGAGGUACGUACGGUAAUUUUCGACGACUUUAAAUAAUUUCAGAGCUUUCUUUUUCGCGUUAAAUUGAGUGAAUUGAACCCGAAACGAGUUAGGCAGAACAGUCGACCGCACGGACAGUGUGUCGGUAGGAUUAAACGAAAAGCACAGGAAACAUUCACUGAAUUUCUGAGAUAAUUAGAUCUUCUACGACAUUUUUAAGGUUUCGCUUCGUAACAAGCUUAAACUGUAGAUUUAUUGAACACACCACAGUAUAAGUAACUCUGCUUUCGAGAUUUUCACAACAAUUAAACGAAGAUGUUGAUUAAAGUGAAGACGUUAACUGGCAAGGAGAUAGAGAUUGACAUAGAGCCCACAGAUAAGGUGGAGAGAAUUAAAGAAAGGGUGGAGGAGAAAGAAGGAAUCCCUCCCCAACAACAGAGGCUGAUCUACAGUGGGAAACAGAUGAAUGAUGAGAAAACAGCAGCGGACUAUAAGAUCCAGGGAGGCUCAGUUCUGCACCUGGUACUUGCCCUGAGAGGAGGAUGCCUGUUCUGCUGAACGCUUGACCUGCUACAACAUAAAAUUAAAUAAAAAUACGCUGAAUGUGAUACGAUGCCUGCAAACGUCCCAGAGUUUUUUAAAUAAGUUUCACAAUCAUCUGGUGACUCUGAAGACAACACAGAGCCUCUAGUAGAAACCCCUCAAAUGGUUUCUGCUUUGAUCUCCACCUUUCUUUUGCAAUUAACAGAUUUUACUGUAAAGUUUUAUGUUUCAAAGGCAAGAAAACAAGCUCCAAAUGCAGAAAGGCUACAUUAGCAAACAGUUCUUUAAUGUUCUUUUUUCUCUGUGUGAAUCAAAACUGAGAUGUUUAAAGUUCUGCUUGAGUGUAGAGUUUAAAGUAAAGGGGACACAUUUGUAAUUUACAAAUGAAUUUUACAUUCGUAUGUGUUCUGUCUCACAGAAGUUACUCCAAGUGUUAGAAGCACUGAUCAAUGUUAGAUCAGUAAAGGAAAUUAUUUAAAAUAUUAUUUCCACAUUGCUGAGUUGUUUUCAUAUUGUUGAUAUGCUCCUUGUCUCAGCUCCUUGGCACCCAGCUGUUCAGUUUACAGACAUGUUGCUCAUUUUUACACCAUUUCUGAAGGUCUGAUGACCUUUUUGCUGAGUCUACCUGUAUGAACUAUCCUCUCAAUGUGUUCAGUAUAAUGUGACUUAUUUAUGUUUAAGUUGAAUAAAACUGAUGCUAAUAAGGCUUCCUGUUAAUUGUUUUGGAUUAAAGAUUUGAAACCUAAAA